AUCUCGACGUUGCUGUCACACGCGGAAGGAAGAAAGGACAAGGUGGAGGUCGUCGAGGAAGAUGAAGAUGACGAGGGAUUCGUGCGAAGCCAUCCAAGGCCAUUGAAGACAUGUUCACGUGAUGAAGAGCGCGGAUGGCGAGAGAGACAGUACAGCCGGCCGACCAGUGCCACUAUCCUGGAGACUCUUCAGCAUGAUGGCACUAAUAGUCUCUUCUUCAGUGAAGAGACUCGCUGGCAUGGACAGCUCGGAUGA